AAAUUCAUCAUUUUUCGUUGUUUUGUCAAAGAAGAAUAUUCAACAUAAUAGGAAAAACGAGAGUAUAAGUAAACGCGGAAAACGUGUCGAGUCGAGAUAGAGAAGUGCCUUCGCUGCAUUCGCAUAUCGUCGCUGGUCAAUCGUCGAAAAGAAUUGUCAUUUUUUAUUUUUUCUUCUUCAACUUGUUAACUGUUGGCCAAUACUUCGAUCACUAUUGAGCAAUCAUAAAGAAUACAAACGAUCGACGUUCAAAAUGCUCGAACCUAUUUUUUUCCUAUCGAUAUUUUCGCUACUCGGAUGUUAUUGCGACGCGGCGGCAUCCGUCAGUCAAGCGGAAUUCAACGCGGCGCUGAAGGGCAACGGCUUCAAAGUUCAAAAAGCCGAGAUCUACAAUCACUUCGUCGAGGGUACCAAGGACUUAACUCGCGAGGAAGCAGCCAUGUUCCUGGCGCAAUUGUUGCACGAGAGCGUCGGCUUUGCCUUUCGCGAAGAAUUAAUGUGUCUGCGCGCCGGCAACGACUGCGCCACGAGGUACAAGGACAGGGUCGGGCUGCCGGGCAAGGUCUACUACGGCCGCGGCUACAUCCAGCUGACCUGGGGUGAGAAUUAUCGGGCGGCCUCGCGCGCCCUGGGCAUGGGCGACAAGCUGCUGCAGCAGCCCGAGCUGGUGGCUCGCGACACCCGACUCUCCAUGCUGGUGAGCACCUGGUUCUGGAAGGCCAAGGUCAGGCCGCGACUGAGCGGCGCGAACAGGAACAAAUUCGGCGCGACGACCAGGGCGAUCAACGCGGGCGAGUGCACCAGCGCGAGAUUGCACGAGCGAGCGAAGAAACGAUGGAGGAUCUACGAGAAGGUGGCCAAAGCUUUGAAUGUGGGGCACAAAGCGAUCGAAAAUGGAUGCUAUAACUGAUUUACGAUUAAAAACUUGAUUUUACAACUCGA